AUGGACUUGCUCAAGAACGAUUGUGACAUUAGAAUUCAUGAAAAAAUACAAAACUGUCUUAUGCCAAAACAGAAUAGUCUUCAAUUAAGUGUUGAUUUGGAUUUUAUGUGGCGUCCUAGGUGGGCUACAUACUAUCGACGUGGUUGUUCAGCUCCAACAUUCUCAAGAAUAGACAGGACCAAUAACACGUUAAUUAUCGACUGUUCACCCUCGAUGCAACCGAAAUAUGGGUUUAAAACAAGACAUUCGAUCAAUAACGAUUAUACAGGUCCUGUUUCGAUAGAUGAACAUGAAUGGAUUUAUGCUAAAUGUCAUUUGCCUUUUUUUACUGAACCAACAAUUCGUUUUCAUCUUCAUUCUCAACCACUUCCACCAGUAUCCGAAGUGAUGCGUGAAAGACCAAAUGUUGUUUUUAUUCAAUUUGACGCUCUUGGUCGACACGCAAUGCGCAGAAGAAUGCCUCGUUCUUAUGAACUUCUCACUUCCUACAGCACCACAGAUCCAUCAUCUUCUUUACUAACGGGAUUAAACAGAGUUGGAGCAGUCGAAUUUCAUCAUUUGAAUGUCAAUGGAAGAAAUUCUGUGCCAAACAUGCGGCAAUUGUAUUGCGGAUCUGGUAACUGCAAGAAAACAUCCUUAUUAAGUAUAUACAAACAAAGUGGAUAUUCAACCAGUUUAAUAGAUACCUACGGAUUUCAACCGAAAGGAUUUGUUCCUCAGAAAUCAGUCGAUCGUAUAUUAGCUGCUAACUAUUUUAUUGAAUAUGGUCGAGAUGCUCAAGAAUUGUAUAGUCAUAAAAGCGGUUGCGUAGCAAACACGACAUGGAUCACUGAUGAAAUCUUUGAUUAUUUACGAGAUCGUUUUAUAAUGAUGCGGUCGGGAGGUUGGUUUUCAAUUAAUAAUGUCUUAGAUGCUCAUAGUGAAGAUGAGCUAAAUAAUUAUGCAGUUACGGAUAUUAAAUUUCAUGAAUUUCUUCUCGAUUUAAAUAGAUUAGAAGCAUUAGAUAAUACAAUUAUGAUUAUUGUUGCCGAUCAUGGUUUACAUGGUCACGAUUGGAAAGAACUUUGGCGGGAGUUUGAUCAAAGAAAUCCUCUCUUGCAUGUAUUGGUAGGUAAAAAUAUUCUAGAAUUCGAUGAUAUUAUUGAAAAUUUGAAAGCAAAUAGUGAUAAGCUUGUCACUCACGGUGAUAUUUAUAUGACAAUUGCUAGUUUUUCUGAAACUGCUCUUCCAUUAAAAUUACCAAAUACAGUUAAUCUUUUCACAGAACAAAUAUCGAUCAAUCGAACUUGUCAAAUUGCAGAUAUUCCUGACGAAUGGUGCAAUUGCUGGGUGCCUAAGCCAUGCAUUGAUGCUGAACAGUAA